UUUCCCUCCCCAAACUAAAGCGGAAGUAAACAAAUCAAACAUGAGCUGGGACCGUAUUACACCCGUUAUUGCAAAAUCUGCUUGUUAAACUGUAGCUUUAGAUUGCGGGUCGGUUCUGUUAAUAUCGGCUCAUAAAUACAUCCUAGAGGCAGCUGAAACAAACCGCCACCUUCAACCCACAGCGAAAAUCAAGUAACAGUAAAAUCAAGUUGGCGCGUUUUGGAUGAAGAGCAAUAUUUGCUUACACUGACCAACAUAAUGGACUGUAGCACCGCUGACCUGCACGCUAACGUGGCACACGACUCUCCAGAUGUGAGCUCCAGCAGUGAUGAGGACUUAGUGCCUCUAUCAAAGCUGCUGAUGAGGCAACAGAGUGAUGAGAAGGAGUCAUGCGACAAUACCCGCAGCUUAUCCUCCAACUCCAACAAUAAAUCAAAAAAGGACAAAGCUUCAGAUGGCUCCUCGGAUGAUGAGCCGCUAGUAAAGAUGAAGACAAGCCUUGCACCACCUAAGAAACAAGAGAAAAAGGAAAACACACCACCCAAAUCUAACAGCACAAAUAACAAGAACACAGAGUCACUGGGCAAGGACGACAGCUCCGAUGAUGAGCCUCUGAGUCAAGUUGCCAAGAAACCUCAGUCACGGCACGAGAGAAAAGCAGCUGCUGAAAAAGCAAGCCCAGUUACCAAAUCCAAAAGAAAUGCUGCAAAGAAAAAGGUGAAAUAUACUGAGAUGUCCACUGACAGCUCAGAUGAUGAGCCACUGGCAGCGAUAAAGAGGAAGUCAUCGAAACAUAAAGACAGCAGCUCAGAUGAUGAUGCGCCCCUUGUGGACCUCGUUGCCAAGAAAAGGAAGCCAGUGAAGAAAAGCCCAAAGAAGAGCACCGUGACACGAGGGCGAGCAUCAAACAAGAGAAAAGCAGAAGUCAGUGAUGAUAGCUCAGAUGAAGAACCGUUGAUUAAUCUUGUGAAAAAACCUCGUGCUAUCAAAAAACCCAAAACAAAGGCUCCCACUCUGAAGAAGAAGAGCACACCUUCUAGGAGUCCAAGAAAGAAGCCAGGUAACAGUUCAGAUGGCAAACCACUGCAGGCAGCUAAGCAUCCACAAGUGACCAAAACCCUGACAAUCCUACUAGAGAGGUGCGAUGCUGGACACGCUGGGGCAGCAGGAAGCCUAAAGAAAGCCAGCAAAGGAGAAAAACAUGUUGCUGAAAAACCAGAGGAGGAGGACUCGGCCGGCUCAGAGGAAUCUUCAGAAGAAGAAUAAGUAAAUGAAACAAAUUUCUCAAAGCGUUGUGAAACAUAACAGUCACAGUUAGUGUUCAUGUAAAGUUCUUCACUGUGCUUUAUCUUUAUCUAGUAUGUGUUAAUUUAUGCGCAUUGUAUUUUUACUCCAGACUUUAGGUGUGGGACCAAAUUUUGUGGGUUCCUUAAAGAUUUUAUGCGCUGUCUUUGAUGCUAUGUUUUUUAAUGUUACGUGCCAAUUGUUUGUAGUUUUUGAUUCCUAUGAAUUUAAUUUGUUUUUAUUUAAAAAAAAAAGAAGAAGAAAACAGUGUAGCUCUCAUUGCUGUAAGUUACAUUUCACCUUCUAGGCAUUUUAGCUUUAAGUACACCCUCAGCAUGCAGCUAUAAAAUCUGUUGUGUUGGAAUUAAAGUCCUUUCACAAAGAAAUUCACAUAAGAGUAAGUCACAUUUGUUCAGCUUUCAAUGAUUCUUUUUUUGUCAUUGUUUGUCAUGUUAAUAACCCAAAUCACAAAGGACGCCUUUAGAUUUGUGCAGCCGUCCAUCACAGACAUUGAUUUGUAUGCAUGGUAAUUACAGAAACACCACUUUUGUCUUAGUGAUUCUACAUUUCAGUUUGACCUAAUGAGGUCACCCAGUAGAGAUUUCUGUAUAGGUCUUACAUAUAGAGCUGGCAUUAUUCAUAAACCUUUUUUAAUUGUAUUUUCUUGGCUAACUUGUCCUGUUAGAAUGUACUACCUUCUAAAAGUAGAGCUGCAACUAAGUAAUUAGUGUUUUGUUUUUAGUGUUUGUUUCAGCGUUUUGAAUACUUUUGAAAACCUUGGUGGUUAAAAAAAGAAAAAUGGUUACUACAGUUACACAAUUUUCUUUUUACAUAAGACAGUGUUAUAGGGUCUGCAACUAGUUAACUUUAUUAUUAAUUUAAAAUGUCUUUAUAACAAAUAAAUGAAUAAUAAACACUGAAAAGGAUUUUAUAAAAUUUCCUAAAAUAAUAAAUAAAUGGUCAAAUUGCUUGUACAUAAUUUCUUCACAUUUUAAAAGGUGAAAUUACAUCAUUUCUUGUCAUUUGUAAAAAGAAAAAGAAAGAAAGGGAAAAAAAAAGCCCCAAACAAACCCCAAAACACAAUGAAAAACUACUAUUAAACUUUUAAAAUCUCCAAAUAAUUGUCUGAUUUAUUUUGACUAACCUAUAAAGGUGAUAUUUUUGUUAGAUUUUUUUUUUUACACGACCCUUUGUUCUUUAUUUAUCAUUUAAAUUUAAAAUGGCAUAUUAUUUAAAUAAUUUUGUAAAAAUCUUUAUUAAUAAACACCCAAACACAAAUAAAUAAGGCAUGUUAUUGAUCUACAGUUAAAAAAACAUUUUGAAGAAAAGUGGAACAUUUAAGUAAUACACGUAAAUAAACAGAAAAUAAUAAAGGAAAUAACUUCUGUACCAUAAAGAGUUGCUAACUAGUUAUGUUGUGCGCAAAAGAAAAAUUGUAUUUUAGAUCUUUUUAAAAUGGUAGUCACUAAACUUGAAAAUUACACAAAAAAUUAAUGUUACGCUGGUGUCAUAUGAAAAUCUGUAGAAAAACAUCACUAGUUUUUACUUAAACAAUAUGUAUUUACAUACUUUCAUCGAUUGUACAAAUGGCAACUUGAAAGUUGUUCAAGAAGGUAACAUUUCAAAAGAAAAGCGUCUCAAAUUUAUAUCUGUCCUUGCAAUUCUUAAGACAACAGAUAAAAAAAUACUAUUAUACUUAUUCUAUGAUUGAGAUAUUAAAACAUGUGCUCACCUUUUUAAUUUUAUUAGUGUGUUAAUGUGUUCAGUUUCCUCAAGGUUAUCAGAAAAGUAAAAUUUGGUCUGAUAAUGAAGGAAAUGAAAAUUUAAUAUUUAUACAACUGCUUGGCUUUAUUUAUCAAAAAGGUUAUUCUUAAUUCUGGAAUAAUAAAUUACUCUUUCCAUUUUUUAUGAAUGAUCUGUAAAACCUGAAAGAAAAAUUGGGAAUAUGUAAAAAACAUACAAGCAAUGAACAUUUACCAAAUUUUACAAUUAUGGUUAUCGGAAAAGACCUAUUGCUCUAUUUAUAUAUAUAUAUAUAUUUUUAAUAUUGUAACUGAUUUGUUAAAAUGUUUUUGGCUGUAUUUGCAAAUGAUUAUAUUUUCU